AUGUCGCUGAAAGGCGUCGCGACUCCGUCGUGGGGAGAGAGGGAGGCUGAGAACGAGAGCAAAGUCCAUCGCGCGCCAGGCUACGAGAAGGAGCUCGUGUCGCUGCCUUUCUCGGAUGAGCCGCACAUCAACACCAUGUCCGCUUGUUUGAAACGUGCACGAGACAAGUUUGCAAGCCGCCCAUUCUUGGGGGAGCGGACGCGGGAGCCGGAGGGCAAGAGAGGAAAGUACGUCUUCGAGACCUACGAGAAAUGCUAUACAGACAUCCUGAGGUUGGGGGUUGGCCUCGUGCAACAGUGCGGGCUGGAUAGCACAGGAAAGGAGGGGGAGAGCCAAUUUCGCAUUGGAAUCUACUCAAUCAAUCGCUCCGAAUGGACGAAGCUGCUUCAUGCUGCCUGGAGGUCCCGCAUCGUGGUUGUUCCCCUGUACGACACGCUCAUGCUCAACUCCGUCACUUACAUCGUUACUCAUGCCGAGUUAACGACGAUCGCAGCAGAACGAGCAAAGUUGCCCAACUUGAUCAAGUGCGACUGGAAGGGCUCGAAUCUCAGGAACAUCUCUACCUUGAUGCCGGCUCCAAAGGACUGGGCCUGCAUCAUGUACACGAGCGGGACGACCGGGGUCCCCAAGGGAGUGAUCCAGACGCACGAGAACGUGCUAUCCUCAGCUGCUGGAAUUCUCCGUCAGAACUUCCGUGAGGACUUGCUGCUUGAAGACAACCUCUACAUCUCCUACCUCCCCCUCGCUCACUCGCUCGAAGUCGGGCUCCAGAACUGCGUUGUCUUGGUUGGCUGCGCCAUCGGCUUCUAUCAGGGAGAUGUCAAGAAGCUCGUGAGUGAGGACCUGCCGGAUCUCCGACCGACCAUCAUGGCUGGAGUUCCGAGAAUCUACGCGCGUAUCUAUGACAAGGUCUUGAUGGGCGUUGAGAGCAAGGGUUUCAUCGCAAAGACCAUCUUCAACUGGGGAAUGAGAUCGAAGAAGACCAAGUUCAUUUACAACAAGAUACUCUUCAACAAGCUCAAACGAGUGCUCGGCGGAAGAAUCCGUCUGCUGGCCUCAGGCGCUGCUCCUCUCAGUGCAGAGCUUCACAACUUCCUCAGGCAAGUCUUCGACUGUCCUGUCCUUGAAGGGUACGGGAUGACUGAGAACUCUGCUACUGCUUGCGUUCAGCCGCUUGGCAGUAUCAAAGGAGGAAAUGUCGGGGGCCCAACGCCAGUAGUUGAGGUGAAGCUGCGAGACACUGAAGACUACAAGAGCUCAGAUGUUUAUCCGACGACAAAGAGAGAGUUUGAGCAGCAGGCUUCCUUCAAAGGACCCUUCGAUCCCACUCUUGCCGGCAGAGUGGUCGAGCGAGGAGAGAUCUGCUUGCGGGGUUUCAAUGUGUUUCCGGGUUACUUGAAGAAUGAGGAGGAGAGCAGAGAAGCGCUUGACGACAAGGGUUGGCUCCACACGGGCGAUAUCGGCAUGUGGAAUCAAGACGGCUCGCUCUCAGUCAUCGACCGCAAGAAGAACAUCUUCAAGCUCGCACAAGGCGAGUACGUAGCGCCUGAGGCUGUUGAGAAUGCCUUGAGCGCCUGCAAGUGGGUGGGACAGUGCUGGAUCUACGGCAACUCCUACGAGAACUACGUGGUCGCAGUGAUAGUGCCAGAUCGAGAGGUCUUGAUGACGUGGGCAGGAAGGCACAGGCCGAGGACGAGCAUGGCUGACCUGGUAAGGGAUCCUGCAGUGAAGAGGAUGAUCUUCGAUGACGUCAUCGCCAUCGGGCGCGCGGCGAAGUUGAGGGGCUUUGAACUGCCGUGUGAGAUCGAGUUUGAGACCGAGGUGAACGAGGCGGGUCAGGGGUUCACCAUAGAGGAAGAGCUGGUCACUCCCACCCUCAAGCUCCGGCGGUCAAACCUAGUCAAGAAGUACCAGGCGAGGAUCGAUGCCAUGUACCAGCAGAUCCGAAAGAACGACAAGAUCGCGAAGAAGAUAUAG